GAGUUAAGUUGACUUGUUUUUUGUGCUUUAUUUCAAUAUGUCGUCCACUAGCCGGUAUUCCAUUGGCCUCGAUGAACUUCAAUGUAAAAAACGCCACCUUUGGAGAUCAAUGGCUGCCGAAUUUUUGGGAAAUUUCAUUUUGAAUUUUUUCGCAAGUGGCGCAUGUACUCAACCUGAAGAUGGAACUUUUAAAGCUUUGUCGUUUGGAUUUGGUAUAUUUGCGGCCAUUACUAUUGUGGGUCAUCUGAGUGGCGGGCAUAUUAAUCCAGCGGUUACCAUUGCCAUGCUGCUGGCGGGCCGUUUGAGUCUUAUACGUGCUAUUUUAUAUAUAUUAGCCCAAUGCUUUGGUUCCCUUGCUGGUACAAGUACAAUAAAAGGAAUUCUCGAUGAAGCAUAUCACAAUGGUCUGGGACAUAACAGGUUAGCUGAAAACGUAUCGGAAUUUCAAGGCUUUGGAAUUGAAUUUGUUCUUGGUUUGCUACUGGUGCUGACGGUUUUUGGGGCAUGUGAUGCCAACAAACCUGAUAAUCGCUUCACUGCCCCUUUUGCUAUUGGCAUGUGUGUAACAUUGGGUCACUUGGGCACUAUACGUUAUACUGGUACUGGAAUGAAUCCUGCCAGGACUUUCGGUACAGCUUAUGCAACAAACAAUUGGAAAUCCCACUGGGUUUUCUGGGCCGGUCCAAUAUUGGGCGCUGUUGUGGCGACUUUAAUCUAUUUGCAAAUUUUGGAACUUCCUGCAGAACCGCCAAAGACAACUGAAGCUUCCGAUAAGUAUCGCAUACAUGCCUAUGAACGUGAAUUGAAGAAACUGGAUACUACACGAGUUUUUGCCUAAUAUGUCAUUGAUUUAUAUUUGUUAUUACUAUAUUUUUUAGUCAAACUUACGCGUUUAUUUAUGUUUAAAGAUUUGUUAGAUACUUUUGUUUCUUUUUUUGUAUAUUGCUUUUGUUAGUUUGCUUGAUUGUUAUGCUAAAUUAUUUUGAUAAAAAGUGAAUCUUCG